ACAUAACAACAGUCACUGCCAAUGAAGCAAGUUUUCAAAGUGGAUUUUAAGCCCCUAAAUUCCUUUAUUCAACUUUCAGAUGUCUGGUUUCCAAUGUUUAGACUUUUUCAUUCAGUGGGGUUUGCAUGCCCACCCUCAAUCUGUUAUAUUGGCUAAACUGGCUGAAUGAGAGGCAGCCAGCUGUGUCAGCAUGCGAAGGAAACCUGGACUUGAAGGCAGAUGAGGUAUGCGGUGCACAUUUAAGAAUUGCCUUUUCUGUGACACUGAACUGCUCAAUUAGUUUAAUAAAAAUACUAUACUUCUAUCAAUCAAAUGCAAUUAAACAUUUUGUUUAAAUGUUGCACAUUUCAUUAUAUUAAAAUAUACAUUUUUAUGGGCUGUUUGUAUUGAUAAAUACAAUCAUAAAAUAUUUAUUAAAAAUCAUAAACAAAUAUACAUCAAAUGGACAAAAGUAUUGGGACACCUGACUUUUCCAGACAUUUCUGGUUCUUCCCCCGAGCUGUUACCUCAAAGUUAGAGGUACACAAUUGUAUAGGAUGUCUUUGGAUGUGGGAACAUGAAAUUAUUCCUUAAUUUGACCAAAACCUGUUCCAGCAUGACUGUGCCUCUGUGCAGAAUGCAAGCUCUAUUAAGAUAAAGCUUAUGUUGGUUGGAAUUGAAGAUCUUGAGUGGCCUGCUAUAAAACUUCUCAUGAAUUGGAAUUGGGAUGAAUUGGAACGCUGAAUGCACCAUAUAUCAGAAGGAAUUUCGCACAUUUUUUUUACUUAUAACCUUUUUAAGUAACAAAUGAAUGGAAAAGUAACUCAGCCAUUGCAAAGUGCAAAGACCUAAAGCAUCCCUGUCAGUACAACUGAUUUGCUGCAAGUGGAAAGUUCAUGAAAAUAUGGAAUGACUAAACAGACAUGCCAUGCAAGACUUCAUAUUGCAUUCUUAGACAAAUAUUAAAGAAAAGUAGGCAAAAAGUCAACAGUCCCCCAAAACAAAUUGUAUUUGUUUGCAUCAGAAACAAUACAGAAAACAAUAAGAACUUAACCACCGUCAUCUAUGUUUCUACAACCCACACAAAACUCCUGCUAAAAAAACAAGAACAGAGACCAGAACUCUUUCAGAACAAUAUACUCUGGUUAGACCAAACAAAAACAGAACACUCGGGUAAAAACAGUCUGCUGAAUUGUUGCCAAUGUAUUUAUUACACUGGCUCCUUAAAAAAUGUGAUCUUUAAAGGAGGGCCAUCUGAGAAGAAAAAGCACAUUUCUAUGCAAUUUAGUGGAUUAUAUUAAUACUUUCUUAAAACCGAGGUAUUUUUCAAUACUAUUUUGUUACAGUGACAUCUGAAGAAAUUUCACAAAGAGAUGCAUCAUUCGUCUUGUUGAGUGAACACACAGUAAUAAGAAGACUACAUUGGACUAUUUACAGGUAUACAAAUACAAAAAGACAAAGGAAAUUAAUAAAAUUAAAGCAUACAUAAUAUAGCAUAUUAGAAAUAUAAUGAAGAGGUAUGAUAUGGAAUAUAUAUGCAGUAUAUACAUAUUAUGCAUUUACAAUACACAUGAUAGAGCUUGUGCACCGUGUUUCUGAGUAGUGCAGACAGAUGUAGUUUAUUGUUACAGUGAAAAAGUGUGUUAUGUUUCCAAAAAAGCACACAAUCAACAUUAAGAUUUCAAAACAAAUGUGCUGUCUGGAGCAAAGUCAAUUGUGUAGCCUGGUGACUGUAGGGGUGGACUGAGAUCUGACCUGGUGGAAGCAUGCACUAAAUGCUUUCCCAAUAAAAUGUUACAUUUGUUGAGCAAACACUAGAUUCCACCUAUCCUGUGAGCAGCCCCAGGUGCUAGGUCCACAGGGAAAAACAUUUCCCUUAGGUGUUUUCUUCUCUGUGUGAAUUAACCGACAAUCUUAUUGAGUCUUUUUUUUAUUUAUUUAUCCAAUGUUAUACAGAAAGUUAUAAAUGUUUUAUAGAAUCACAUAAAAACUAAAAACAUAAGCUACAUUAUAUCCCAACUUUGCAGAAAUACUGAAGUAAUUAUUCAUGAAAUACUUGCCAUAAUUAAAAAGAGAAAAGACAUUUAGGUAAAGAAUAUCCUUUUGAUAGCCAGAAAGAAAACACAUUUGUUGUUAGCGGAUUCAAGCCACACAUCUGGCUAUGCUUAUGUGUUAUAAAACAGUCCACACAGAAUCGGCUGCUUUUUCUCUUACUGCUGACUGCAAAACAAUGGAGGUAUGGCGAGACGUACUGUAAUUCUCCUAUUACCUGCCAGCCCCUGGCACAGAAUGUGAGCUGCUCCACAGUUAUGAGCUUGACUAUAGCUUUAAAAGGAUAUCUUUUUUUUUAAAAUAUUAAAGCAGAAAGAAACCUUAUUUUUCAAUGUGUAUUUCUUGUAUAAAUUUCAUAAACUCUUUCUAUCUCUGCAAUCCCAAAUGCAGAUGGAUCUGUGUAGGAUUUGCUGCCUAACAUUUUUGAUUAAGUUCAUUUCUCUGUAAAAUUACACUUUGUAAAACUGACAUGUGGACCUCAUUAUAAUAGAGUGGACCUAAUUAUAAUAAAGACAUCCCACUUUAUCCAGUAUGCAACACCACAUAAAAAAAAUUUGGUCAGUCCCAAACCCAAGAAAAAACUAUUUUUUACCAUGAGCAAACAUUAUAAAUGCUAGCGCAAUCAGAGGAUAACCAUUCCUCCCUGAAGAUCUUUGCUCUGCCCACCUUUACUCUGUCACACACCCCCUCUCCUUCUCUCUUUAGCUCACCUCUAGCUCUCACUUUCAGCACUCUUACCUUCUCUUACUCACUCUCUUUCUAUUCUCAGGAUCCCUGCAGCUGUCAGAGCACCUUCUUACUUCCAGACGCUUCAAGACAGGAGGAGGCAAGAGAGAGAAACAUUAAACUGACAGCUGGGACAUCAUGCAAGUUAAAAAAUUCCAGUUAGUGGUGUUUAUACAAUUUUUGGCUAUCCUUAUAAUGGGUACAGAAAGCCAAUGUCCUAGUCCAUGUCACUGUCAUGGUGACCUACAGCAUGUUAUCUGUGACAACGUCGGCCUCAAGAAGAUUCCUCGCAUCACUGAGGCUACUCGCCUAGUCAAUCUGCAGCGCAACAACCUGGGCAUGCUUCCAACCGGGGGCUUCAGUGAAAUGAAGGGGCUCGUCUCACUGCACUUGCAGCACUGCCGGAUCCGUGAGAUAGCCAAUCAUGCAUUCAAGGGCCUCAAAAAGCUUAUUUACCUUUACCUUUCUAACAACGAAAUAAGCACCAUUAAACAUGGAGCCUUUGAGGACCUAACUGAGCUCACCUACCUUUACAUGGAUGGAAACCAAAUCUCAGGUCUUGCAAAAGGCAUCUUCUCCCCCAUGAUCAAUCUAUUUAUCCUACAGCUUGAUAACAACAAGAUCCAGGACCUGCAAGCAGGUACCUUUACAGGUGCUAAAGACCUUCGCUUGCUGCAUAUCAGUAACAAUAAUCUAAGGUCAAUGCAGCCUGGCUCUCUUGAUGAAGUGGAGAACCUGGCCACUCUCACACUGGAUCGAAACAAGCUGUCUACGUAUCCCAUCGAGGCCAUGAGCAAGCUGCGUGUUAUGGAGGAGCUUAACUUGUCCAAAAACCCCCUCACCUUCAUUCCUGACCAUGCAUUCAGGAGUUUUGGACGCUAUAUUGAAAAACUGCAUCUUAAUGAUAUGGGCCUGGAGAAGUUUUCUAAUGCAGCUUUUGAGGGUGUGGCAGUGCUUAAGUCUUUGCAUAUCGAGAACAACAAGUUAAAGAUCCUACCAAGCAACUUGGUUUUGACCAACAUGCAGAAUCUCACUAUGUUCAACAAUCCAUGGAGCUGCACCUGCAAUCUAGCCAACCUUAGAAGAUGGAUGGACUCCAGUCAACAUCGUCCUGAGGCAAUUUGUGCAUCACCUCCAAAUCAAAAAGGGAAACAAAUCCGAGACAGCCCUGCCUUUAACAAGUGCAAAAUGAAGAAAGACAAAAAGGGAGCACGUCACUGAAAAGGAGACUUAGAGGAGACGUCUGUUCAGGGGACCGGCACCAUGUCCAGAGUACAGAAGAAAUGCUACUUUCUACUUCAGGACUAUCCAUUUUCUUUCUAGUUAUAUGAAACAGCACAUAUAUGAACACUCAAUUUGUAACAAAUAAAAUGAGAAAAACAAUGAGUUUGUAAGGAAAACAGAAUAAAAGACCCAGAGAGCCAUACAUAGGUCCUACCCCUAAUCUAAACAUUCUGAGGAUGUUCGAUGUAGUUUCCAGCAUUUUCAUUUUCAGUUGUGGUAAUAACAUUUAUAAUCCUGUUUAUUUAUAACUAUAAACAAUUAGGAUCCAUACUCAUGGGACCUCUUAUAUAAAUUUUCCUUUUCAAAUAAAUGUUCUCUACUAAAUCGUAAAUCUUUGCAAGAUCCAUUUAUAACAUUUAUUGCACAUUUGCCAAACUUCAUCCUGCUUCAAUACAUUUGCCAACUUCAGUAGUUACAAGGUGCUAAUAAACAAUAAGUGUGUGGAGAAUCUAUACAGUACACUACAGAAUCUUGAUCUAGAAAUGCAAUAAUUACUAGAUCAUCGGAAUAACAAGUGUGAAAGCCAAUAGGAACGGUUUGCUCUGAUUAAAAACAUCUAUUCACUAACGGCAAAAAAACUGCAUGAAUUAAUUUUUACAAUAUUUAACCAUUAGAACCCCUUAAAUCCUGGAUUUGUAAAAAAGUCUGAAGCAUAAACAUACGACACUGCAUGAAAGAUCUAGAACAUUACACAAAGUAAGCAGAACAAAGUUCAAAGUACACUAUGGAAUGUAACCUGGUCAUGGAUAGCAUAAACUUAAGCACAAGCUUUUUCUUCAUAAUUUCAUAAAUUGUACCAUGUGCUGCUGCUUUAUAAUGCGUCUCAAUUCCAAUAAAAAUGUGCAUGCUUACGCUACCAGGAAGCUAAAAUACAGAUGGAAUAUUCAAAAAAUUUUAAAUUGACUUUUUUUUUUUUUGCCAAAGCUGCAUGCCACACUAUUAUGUACAAUUACAGAGCACUCAUUUUAUUAAACUUUUAAACUUAUGUUAAUUAUGUGAUAUGUGUGGAAUUUUGCUUUUGGAUGAAACGCAAAAUUUUAAUCAGGAAGAAAAUUGCUAGAUGAGAUGAGCUCAGCCCGGAAUUACUUUCAUAAUGCUCUUUUGAUUUAAUGCAUUAGCCAGAUGAUUGUGCAAUUGCAUUCCUAAAGCGCAUCAUUGGUGAAUACAGGUAGCACAAUCACAUUAUAAAUAGAUUUUUUAAAUUGCUUAAGAAUAAUGAAUGAAUAAAAGAUCAUGAGGUCUAGUGUGAGUAUUAUAGCAGCAUAAUGUAGUGUGCAGACAUAGCCAUCAGAAUAUCUGGAUUUGCACACAUACUAUGGCAAGGACACAUCUGAAGUUUGCACCAUUUGAUACAAUAGACAAGUGUGUGAAAUUAAAAUUUUCUAGCUUUUCCCCACACAUAUACUAUUAAAUACCACAAUAAAGAAAUGCAGAAAUUCAAGGAUUUUAUUUUCAAAAUACUUUGAAAUCUACUGACAGCAUUUGUAAUGAUGACAACAGAAGUGUGACAACAAAAGUUGUUUUAAAUACAAAAAAAAGCUAAUUUUCUUUCAGUUUACCAAAAUGCAUAGUGCCCUGUCUCCCUCUAGUGAAUUAUUACGAUUAAAUCUAAAGUAUUCAGUUUGAUCCAGUG